GAACUGAGUUCAAGAUGAUUAAAGUCAUGGGCUCAGGAGGCAAGGAGGGGGUUUAGAAACCCCAGCAUAGCCAGUGGUAUGGCUGGAGUGCUCUGCAAAUUAACUCCAUUAGACGAAGCCUGAUGUAAUGGGGAAAGAGGGUGAGAAGCACUGCCCUCAUUAAGUCCGGCUGCUAGAGGUGCUUCUAAUACAAUUAAAUUUGCUUUAGUUGUUUGGAUCACAUAAAAUAGCCGGUGUGUGUGCAUGUACCCACGUGGAUAUGCGUGGGUUCUGUGAUUUUAUGGGCAUUUUUUAAAGAGGAGAGGAACAGACCACAAAACAAAAAUAGAUGAGAAAAAAAUUGAAAACUGAGUGAAUGCUCAAGCCCUCCAGCGGAAGACAAGAAGAAAGUGGUCUGGAAGUAGUGGAAAGUGAGCAGAAGUUCUCCUGAUUAUAAAGCCAUGAGCCCCCUUCACUGGGGGCUUCUGCUCAGCUGCCUGGGCUGUGCGGUCCUGCCCGGAGCCUGGGCGCAGUUCCCCCGGGUCUGCACCACAGUGCACAACCUGGUGUCCCAGGAGUGCUGUCCACUGCUGGGUGGGGACCCGGCCAAUGUCUGUGGCUCUCGGGAGGGCCGUGGGCAGUGCACGGAGGUGCAAGCCGACACCCGACGCUGGAGCGGCCCUUACACCAUUAGAAACUGGGAUGACCGAGAACUGUGGCCACGGAAGUUCUUCAAACGCUCCUGCAAGUGCACAGGAAACUUUGCUGGCUAUAACUGUGGGGACUGCAAGUUUGGCUGGACUGGCCCCAGCUGUGACCGGAAGAAGCCACUGGUUGUGCGGCAGAACAUUCACUCUCUGACGCCCCAGGAGAGGGAGCAGUUCUUGGGUGCCUUGGACCUGGCGAAGAACACCACGCACCCCGACUACGUGAUCACCACGCAACACUGGCUGGACCUGCUCGGGCCCAACGGGACACAGCCACAGGUCACCAACUGCAGCAUUUACAACUUCUUUGUGUGGCUCCAUUAUUAUUCUGUUAGAGAUACGUUAUUAGGACCAGGGCAUCCGUUCAAGGCCGCGGACUUCUCGCACCAAGGACCCGCCUUUGUCACCUGGCACCGGUACCAUUUGUUGUGGUUGGAAAGAGAGCUCCAGAGACUUACUGGCAAUGAGUCCUUUGCUUUGCCCUACUGGAACUUUGCCACCGGGAGGAACGAGUGUGAUGUGUGUACAGACCAACUGCUUGGGGCAGCAAGAGAAGAUGAUCCGACUCUGAUUAGUCAGAACUCAAGGUUCUCCAGCUGGGAAAUCGUCUGCAAUAGCUUGGAUGAGUACAACCAGCAGGUCACUCUGUGUAAUGGAAGCCGUGAAGGGCUGUUGAGAAGAAAUCCAGUGGGGAGAAAUGGAGAGAAAUUGCCGUCCUUCAAAGACGUCCAAGAUUGCCUGUCUCUCAAGACAUUUGACAAUCCUCCUUUCUUCCAGAACUCUACCUUCAGCUUCAGGAACACCCUGGAGGGGUUCGACAAAGCAAACCGGACCCUGGACUCUCACGUAAUGGGCCUCCAUAAUUUGGUCCAUGCCUUCCUGAACGGAACAAGUGCUUUCCCGCACUCUGCCGCCAAUGAUCCCAUCUUUGUGGUCCUCCAUGCCUUUACUGAUGCCAUUUUUGAUGAGUGGAUGAGAAGAUUUAAUCCUGCAGAUGCUUGGCCUUGGGAGCUGGCACCCAUCGGUCACAAUCGGAUGUACAACAUGGUUCCUUUCUUUCCUCCCGUGACUAAUGAGGAAUUCUUUUCAACCGCAGACCAACUUGGCUACAGUUAUGCCGUUGACAUGCCAGUUUCAGAGGAAGAAACUCCAAGUGGGACCACAACUUUGUUUGUGGCUAUAGGAGUGCUGGUGGCCUUGGUCGGCCUGUUAGUGCUGCUGGCUUCCCUCCAGUACAGACAGCUUCGGAAAGGAUACACGCCCUUAAUGGAGGCACAGUUCAACAACAAGAGAUACACAGAAGAAGCUUAGGGUGCUUGCCCUGGGGAAGAGGCCAACCAAGCUGUAGUUGGCACCCUUUCAAUGAACAAACUAAUCCUCACUGUUCUUCCUUUAGCUGAAGGUCUUGGGCACAGCUCAUUCUGUUGGGGUGAUGACCCCAAACACAGAAGAUGCUUGGCUGUAGUUUGUAGGUUUGUAUAUGUGCGUAUAACAAAUUCCAGCUGCAGGCUGAGGCUGGGCUAUCUCUCCUGUCCAACAAGGUAGACUAGAAGAGUAAGUGGUGUUUCAUAAUUCCCCAUAUUGAUUAAGGUGCCUUGUGUUAUGAGAAUAUAAAUGAAAAGCUGACAGUGCACAUUCAUUGUAGUUUGCAGGUUCGUGUAAUGUGUGACUUGGACAAGAUUAGGGUUCAGUUUUGCUCAGCCCGAAUGUCUCCAUUUGUAAUGGGGUGGCUGUGGCGGGUAGCAGUAGUCUCUGAACUCCCUUUUAGUGAAAUACCUGUGCUUUCAGGUGCCUUUCUGAUGGUCUUCUUGAGCCUUGCUUUUCUUCUUCAGCCUUAAAAAUGGCCAUUAGGGUAAAAAUAAGCCUUAUUUUGCAAGUAGGAUGGGGAAUGAAUGAAUGAAUGCUCAAUUCAUUCCUCUUUCAUAAAUUAGGCAUUGAGGAAUUUAUUCAAAGUCUGAAAUUCUUAACGGGAGCCAUACCACAAGACACAAUAGCUGGAUAAGCAUGAAUCCUAUAGUGAUAAAUAAUUAGAUAAGGGAUUAAAUGAUAGGGCUGUCUAGUUAGUUAAUGUACAGUUUCAAACCUAUGGCCCAAUACGGAAUCCCUCUUUCUGGGAAUGGCUGACUGGAGAUGGCCGAUGAGGACACAAUCCUGAACAUGAGACGAUUUGAUAAGCGUCCCUUUGCUUUGCGGUCCCAUUUGAUUGAUCCUGAACCAGUUCCUUUAGUAGGUAGCCUCAGGUGAAACAUUAUUCACAUACAAUGCAUUUGGCUUAUUUUUAAGGGUUGACUUUUGAUUCAUUAAUGCUUCACUGUACUCUGACAGUUACUUAUGAACGCUGAUCAGUUGUCUUAUUAUUUAAGAGCCAACCAUGUAUACAAAACAUAACAAUUCAGAAUUAGAUGGUUAUGUUACAUUAAGUAAUCAUCAGAUCAUGAGAGAGAAGAAUCUUUACUAAGAGGCUUAAACUUAGCAAUAUGAUCCCUACUUCUGAGGAGGUAACCAUUGCUGAGAUUUGAAGGCAAACUUCAUCUGCUCACAUCCGGCCCCUGUGCAUGCAUCAGCGGGGAGGGAAAAGUUCUAUAAGGUGGCCUGUCUGUCUGCUCAUUGCAACCUCUCUCUAUGGAAUGCAUGUGUGUAAAGAAUGCGUGUGAGGAGGAUCCUGCAACUGCCUUCUACCUACGGAGGCUUGGAGGGUUCAAGAUUCACCAACCCCGGUGUCGUCUCCUGAAAUAAAACAGAGGAAUGGAUCAAGCUCAAUCUGAACUGAGUAUGAGUCUCACAAAGCUACAGGUGUAUUGGAGAGUAGGCUCAGUAGAUAAAAACCUAGAUAGCACAGAGUCCUUCGUGGGGUGAAGCCCAGCUGCGAGGUUCUUAGGCGCAGCCACAGCUCAAUUCCUGUCUUGAAUGGCACACAUGGGAAAUUCAAAAAUGCUUCAUCACCAUGCUUCCCUGUGGACAGUGGACGCUCUCAGCCCAGGGUUGUUGCAGAACACAUUUCUGCAUCCAGUUUUUAACCCAAACGAGGUCUAUAUUAAAAUGAAGGUAAAGUUGUGCAUGGUAGGUGUGUUCCUGAGAAGUUGUGUAUCAAUCCAUCAUACGUUAAUAGCACCAGGGGAAAUUAGUUUUUGAAGAUGAACUAUUAUGCAUAAUUCUACAGGGCAGAUAACCACCUCUAGCUUAUCUUUCAGGUAUCUCAGAAUUUUCAUAUAUCAUAGUCUCAUAACAUUUGCUUAAAGCAAGAUCUAUCUGAGGUAGAAAUAAAGAACAGUCAUUUAUACUUUGCUACUUUUAUCUAUAGUGCUUGAAACUUAUUUUAAAUAUUGUAUUUUAUAAUGUCUUUCUGAAAGAAGUAAUUCCUAAAUUUUAUAGUUCAUAUAAGAGGAAUAAAAUGUUCUAAUAUUACAAUAAAUCAGUGACGAAUGCCUUUUAACUAAUUCAAAGGUAGAACAAACCUGCAGAAUAAAAAAGUUGGUAUUUACCUACAUUGAAUAUUAUGCAAGUAAACUGAGAAAAUAUCACUGAGCAUUUUAGAACUACACUUCUCACUGACAGGGAAAAAAUUCAACCUUGAAUAAAAUGAAUACAUAUGCUAAAUCUUUAUAUACUAAAUCAUCGGUACUAGAAAAAUUAUAUAUAGCACUAAACAGUGUGGCUCAGUUGGUUGGAGCAUCAUCCUGUAGGCCAAAUGGUCAUGGGUUCAAUUCCCAGUCAGGGCACAUACCUAGGUCAUGGAUUUGGUCCCUGGUUCAGGUGUAUGGGAGAAAACGAACGAUUGAUGUUUCUUCUCUCACAUUGAUGCUUCUCUCUCUCCCCCUCCCUAUUUUUCUAAAAAGCAAUGGAAAAUGUCUUUGGGUGAGGGUUAAAAAAAGAAAAUAAGUGUCGUGAGUUUGGGAAGGUUAGUCUAAAAAAAAAGAAAAAAAGGCAAAAAAUUAUAUGUCCAUGAAUUAUUAUUGCCCAAGAAAUGUUUUUAUAAAUCUAACACACAGAGGUGAAAUGAAAUCUAAUAACACCUUUUCUUUGUGAACCGAGUUCUUUUCUAAUUCUAAAAUUGUUUGACAUUAAUUUGUGUCUUGCUUAGAAUCUAACAUUGUUAAUUAUAAUAAUACUAAAUGAAUAAUUUUAAUCUCACAUUAACAAGAAGUAGAAAACUUACUGAAGAGGAAAAUAAAACUGUU